AACGUCCCUUCUUUGCGGAAACAUCUUUUUAUUUAUCGGACAUAAUAAUGGCCGCUCGGUGUCUCCGUCUCUCCUGUCUUCUGUUUUGUCCAGCCCAGACCAGGGGGUCACCGAUGUCCCUGUCCUAGCGCCGAGGCUGCCGCUUGUCCAGGUCCUCUCCUUGUUGACCCUCUUCCUCUAGUGUUGAUUCAUCUCUCACUGGAAUCAUGUCUGGUUCUGGAGAUUUACCAGCCAUAGAGGGCUCAGGUAUGGGGGGGAUGAACCUGCCUAUCGGAAUGACCCGCCGGGCCCUCAGCUAUGAUGACAAUCUGGAGGCACCCAUGUCCACACCACCCCAUGACAUCAACAUCAACAACCUGUGGAGACGACCAGUCAUACCAGAGAGGAAGUUCUCACACCUGGCUGAGGAAGAUGAAGAUGGUGCAGUGUGUCAGUCCACGGCGCCAGAAGGCACCCCCUCCAGGUCACCAGGAGUAGUGAAAGCCAAGGCUUCCUCCAUCAUCAUAAAUUCUCUCAUCACCAAGCAGACUCAUGACAGCAUGUACAAGUUUGAGCAGAGGGUGGGUCUCUCUGACACCAGCUACACUCCACAUAAGGGGCUCACUGCCGAGGACACACGCUACCACCACCGCAUCCCUGAAUCCUUCCAUAAGCUGCAGAUCCAGAGCAUGGAGGCCAGAGACGACAAACAGAACUCCUCAACCCAGUCCACUCCCUCCAGCACUCCUCACAGCUCCCCGAAGCAACAACGCAGGAGCUGGUUUGGCAGCACAAGUUCAGAGCUGAGUGUUAGCUCCAGCAGCAGUGUGGACAUUGGAGGAGGAGACACAGCAGGAGGAGGUGUGGUUGAACGGUGGAGCGUUUUCGGGCCGCGACCAGGCGUCCAGAAGUCGACCUCUGACCUGGGGUCAGACUCCACAGCUGCAGCAGGGUUUGCACUACAGGCGUAUCGAGGUGCCCAGAAGCCUACGCCCAUGGAGGUGAUGAAGGCCCAAGCCACACGACUGGCUGACGAUCCCGCUGCUCAGAAGGUAGCUCCACCCAAGAUGGAGAUUCCCACAGUGGAGGGUCGGAGGCAGGGAGCGCGCCCCCACAAACUGAAGCCAAGAGACAUGAACAUCCUGACGCCCUCUGGCUUCUAGGAGGACACAUUACACAUCCCCAAAGCUAUGUAUCACUAACAUAACCUCUAACCCUGUUCCACUAGAAACAAACAGAAGCUGUGUGUUAAUGUUUCCAACCUUUCCAAUUCUGUCCUGCUCAUGUCAUGAUUGCACAGACACUGCAGAUUUGCUGUGCUGCCUGCUUACUGACGAUAGUGGAAUCCCGAUUCAGGGGCCGCCUCCUUUGAAGGCUGCGGUCAACAAAGGUAGUCUUCAGAGGACAGAAGGCAAAAACUUCUAGCUAGCAACCAGUCACUAAUCGGGUAAUCUCUACAAACAGAUUCUGUACAUAUAAAAUAUAAUCUGUAGGCGAGAGACAAGACUUUGGUCUUGGAAGUGGUCUGGUUUCCAUUUCCGUUGUAGUCUGAGUGGUUUUAUGAAGAUAAACAGUGCGUGUGGGGCACAAAAGAGGUGGAAUGCAUUGGCCAAAAUGUCAUGUGGAGCUAAAACACCUAUAAAAAGCAUCGUUGUUUGUAUAUUGUGUGGAGAAACGUUUGACCAGUGUAAAAAAAUAGACAGUAACACAAGCCUCACAAGAUGAAAUAUCUCUUCCUUGUUAAACAUUUCUACACAAGAAAGUAUUGUGACAUUCAAAAAGUAAGUAAAAUUGUAAAUUAUAGAAGCAAAGGAUUCACCUCUUGUGUCCUCCAAGUUCUGCUAACAGAAGGCAGCAUACUGGGGCCUCGUCUGGAGGACACUUUGCAUUAGGACAGCUUUGUUGAGCGAGUCUGACAUACACUGUCUAGAAAUGGCAUUUCUGAAGGAGCAGCGCCUGAAUUGGGCCACAGCUAAACUAAUAGGGUUGGGCGAUAGUGCACAUCCUCCCAUCAACCACUUAUAAUCACAUACACUGCCCAUACCUACUGUAUGUAUUCUGUGAUACUAGUUGAGAGUUAGGAAGGAAUAAUAUUGAAAAUGAAGGAAAUUGGAGAAAAAGAAAAUGUGAUGUGCCAAAUCUGAAAUCAGCUUUGGCAUUAUUUCUAACCCUGUGUGUGCAUCUUUCAGUGUCUGCGUUAGUGGUAUGAAAGACAUGAAUCAGCUUUCGAAUCAACUUUGAAUAAGUCAGCUUUUCUAAGAGGCUUACUGAGCUGAGCACCAACAUUUUAGACAGACCAUAUUUAUACGAUUAUGUCUUUAAUAUCACCCGAAGUUGUAAGAUAGUUACCGACACACAUCAUUUGAUGCUCACUUCCAAAGCACGAUGCUUCUUCUUCAUCACAGUAAGGUCUUUUGCCCAGCAGAUGUCUUAGUGAGAUGCUGUGUUCAAUGUGACAUUUUGUCUUAGUUAAAACACUUCUAAAACAAAUAGAAGUUAUGGAGUUUUGGAUUUUGGAGAGUCUGCAUUCAAAGCUCGGUAAUGUUCAUGAAGGCAGCUACUUGCUUGUGUAGCACUUUGGCAAAAAGCUGAAUGUCUUACUCCAGGCUGCAUUUUAAAUGCAGAAAUAUCAAGGUCAUUUAGAUCAGGAAAAAAAACCAUCAGCAAGGGAAUUUUCAUCUGCAGUUAAUCCAACCAUAAAUCCCUGAAAUAUUUCCCCAAUGACAAACCCUGCUACGUAAUAUAAUAUACGUUACCAGUUAAGUUACUUUAUAAUUAUAUUAAUUUAUAUUAUAUUAUAUUUAUAUUAUAUAAAGAUAGAAAAAUGAGGUUCCAGUCACUACGAGAUGAGAUAAUUAUGCUUUUAUGUCCUCUGACAGAUCUGUGCCCAGUUGAGGGCCCUGAUCAGGAAACAUAGUAUGCAACGUGCACCUUUGGCCCUAAGCUAGCACACUCCUUUUGGAGUGAGUUGACCCUAAAUUAAGCCCGGGUCCAGCUAGCCAUGGACUCAUGCACAAACUUAUGGCGUACAAUGAUGAAGAAAGUCCUGCUUUAAUAUUAUGCCACGUAAAAGCACUUUAUUCUGAAUAUAAGACACUGGCCUUAGUCCUUUUAUCUUAGCCCGCCCCAGUCCUAAAUGUGUCGACCAGUCCUGUAGGGAUGUAAAAUGUGUUUAAUUUGGACUUUAAACCUGAUUUGAAUUGUACUUUUGAUGUGCAAAUGCAUUUGUUUUGGGAUGCAUUUGUUUUUGCACUAAUUACAUUGUCUGUCUUUCUUUCUGUGGGUGCCAUCCCUGUUCACUAUCUCACUCCCAUCACUGUUCCUAUCUUCUCACCAGUAGUGAAGGAAGAAUCACUUUUUCUCCAUUACUUUGUAUUUAACAUCAUUUCCGUGUCUUAUCUGUAACAGAUGCCUACUACUAACAGACUGUGACAGACUGCUCUUGUUUGGCGCUGAAUACCCAGAAUUCUUUGUUGCCACCUGGGAGUCACAGCAGUAAAAUCCUUUAAAUGUUUAGAACUGAGCUGAAGCAUCUGUUUUGUGUUUUAUCCCGCUUGUCACCCUCGGCAUUUUGACGUUAAAAUACAAACCCAAUGUGUAGAGCUGCCUUUCUCUACAAAAUAAAGCAAACAAUUAAAAAAAAAAAAAAAAAAAACAAGCUCCAGGUUCAAGGAUGAAGGGGUCACCAGACUGUGGCCGGUAUAUUUCAGACCGGACUGGUGCCGAGCAACCGCCACCAGCCAGAGUCUGAAUGAGUGGGAACUCAGAUGACACAGGGUCAGAAUCCUCAAGUUGCAGAUUCUAUUUUUUCAAACGGGCCAGACAACAUUAGAAUGAGCUGACGCCUUGUGUUUCAGUGCAGUUAGUAGUUUGUUGUGUCAGUGUUUUUCUGUUUGUUUUUUUUUUUUGGUUUGUUUGUUUUUUGUCUUUUUUUGUCUUAAACGAUUCCAUCAAACUAUGGGCAUUUUACUAAGCAGGCUGGGAAAGCAAACUAGCUAACUAACAGACAAAUGCUAUCAAGCCUGUUGUACAGUUGGAAAGUGGGUGUGUCAUGGUCAGUCAGCCGGCGGUUUCAGAAGGAAGAUUCCAACAGGAAAUAUCGGCAGAGCUUCAGGCAGGAUCGACCAAACCUGGAGAUGGGUUCUGUUUCAGAGGCAGAAUCACUCCUGGAUCAGCCCGUGUGAAUGUGGGCAGGAAUCUGUUUCACCAGUUUCCAAAAUUGAACAUUUUAGGAGUUGCAGUCCUUUUUGUAGUCCACUUUUACCAAAUACAUUUCCCCUUGCAUUGCUCAGGUUGAUCGGAGAGUGUGUUGCUGUAAGAUUAAUCCAGGAGUCGAAACCACGAAUCUCUAGAAUUAACAUUAGUUUAAAACAUAAAUGGCGAUAUGACUAAGGACAAACCAGUGUGACACACACACUUUCCUACUCCUUAAUAUGAAGGAAACCCUGCUUCAUCACUGGGUGGAUUUCCAGUGAAGAAACUCAAAAAAAAAAAAAAAAAAAAAUUGGAAAAAAUGUCGAAGUUUUCUCAGGAAGUUGGCUGGCUCCUGCUCGCUGGA